GCCCCUCCGGGUGGGCGCCCAGCGGGCGGGGGCUGGGAGCCGGCCCCCUGGGAAGAGGAUGGCACUCUCCCCCAGCCAGGAGGUCACGCGCAGGCCCUCCCCCCGAACCCUCUGCAGCCCUCCCCCAACCGGAAACCCGGAGUCAGGCCUGUGCCCCCAAAGGCGUGUUUGGGGUUGCCUGUUGAGAGGAAGGCCUCCCCGUGCCCCCACCCCCGCUCCCCGUCACUCCCCCCGCCCCCCCGCGGGCAUUCCCGCCACGGAGUUCCAUGCGAUCUUCUAGUACGUUGCAUGUUUAUUGUUUAAAAGUGGGGGGACAAAACACCUUGGAGACGCCUAGGGGAGAAAGGAAAGCUACCCCACUUCUAGAGAUAGCCACUGAAAAUAUUUCAGCCUACUUCCUGCCUGGCUUUUUCCUGCACACACGUUUUGGCGCCUUAAACCGGGAUCCUCAGGCCGGCCCCCGGACUUUGGCCCUGCUCGGGAAGGGUCCCCAGAGUCAUCUCCACCCUACCGUGCGCUGGGGCUCCGCCAGGACGGACACUCGGGGGUCUCGGGGCCAUAAGCUGGGGCGGGUAGGCUGCGAGGCGAGCACCGGGCCACCAGGGCAGCGCCGAGAGGCGGGGACACGACAGGGCCACGGCGACGGCUCCGCCCGGCCAGCCCCGCCGGGGUCUCAGUGCCUCAGGAGGACAGCCUGGCGCGCGGCAGGUGUGGGAGGCACAGCUGGCAGCUCAGCUCAGGCCCUGACUCCUCCUCGACUUCACAGCACCCAAGGCCGAGGCCCUGCCAUGGCCAGCCCUGGGAAGCCUGGAGCUGGGGAGGCCCAGGAGGAGGAGGGGGAGGACGAGGGCCAGGCCCUAGGGCCACUGGCAGCGAUGCUGGAGCAGGCUCGGGAGCUGUUUCUGCUGUGUGACAAGGAGGCCAAGGGCUUUGUCACCAGGCACGACCUGCAGGGCCUGCAGAGCGACCUGCCCCUCACACCGGAGCAGCUCGAGGCUGUGUUUGAAAGUCUGGACCAGGCGCACACCGGCUUCCUAACAGCUCGGGAGUUCUGCCUUGGCCUGGGGAAAUUUGUGGGGGUGGAGUUGGCCCAGGGCGCUCCGCCCUCCCAGGCUCCGGAAGAAAUCUUCGAGGCGGGCUGGUCAGAUGCGGAAGGCACCGGGGGCUCCCUGGAGGAGGAGGAGGAAGAGCGAGUCGGUUCUGCACUGGAGCAGCUGGGGGUGGCCCAGGUCCUGGGCAAACAGCCGGCCAUUCGGACACUUUGGACCCGACUGCAGCGUGAGCGACCCGAACUGCUGGGCUCCUUCGAGGACGUUCUGUUGCAUGCCUCGGCCUGCCUGGAGGAGGCAGCCCGAGAGCGGGAGGGCCUGGAGCAGGCGCUGCGGCGGCGGGAGAGUGAGCACGAGAGGGAGCUGCGGUGUCUGUACGAGGAGAUGGAGCAGCAGCUUCGCGAGCAGCGCCAGCGCCUGCGCCCUCAGGACCUCCCCAGGGAGGAGCAGAGAGGCCGCCUAGAGCUGGAGCUGCAGAGCCGUGAGCAGGAGCUGGAACGCGCGGGGUUGAGGCAGCGGGAGUUGGAACAGCAGCUGCAGGCCGGGGCCGCUGAGCAGCUGGAGGCGCAGGCGCAGAACGCCCAGCUGUGGCUGACCAACGAGGCGCUGCGGACGCAGCUGCAGGGGGCACAGGAGCAGCUCCGCAGGCUGGAGGGCGACAGGCAGGGUCGCCGGGAGCAAACCCAACGAGACAUGGUUGCUGUCUCCAGGAACAUGCAGAAAGAGAAGCUCAGCCUCCUGCGGCAACUGGAACUCCUCAGGCAGCUGAACACAAGGCUACGAGAUGAGAGGGACGUCCGUGAGGCCAAGCGGCUGGGCAGUAGCCACAGGAAGGCUCUGACCACGGCCCCUCUGCCAGGCCCUCCCUGCUGCUGCUGCUGCUGCUGUUGCAGUAGCUGGGCUCGCCCCCCCAGACGGGGCUCUGGCCACCUUCCCAGUGCCCGAUGACCAGGCCAAGUGACUCACUGGGUGUUACUUGGUUACUCAGAGAAACGGCCCCUUGAAGGUGACUCGUCAUGGCCAGGGGCUGCCCAUCCGGGAGACGGGUUGCCAGUGGACUGUCUGGCCCACCUGACUGGCAGGCAUGAAGGAACUAAUCUGGGGCGGUCAGAGUCUCAUGUAGCCCAGUCCCAUCCCAUCGAAACCAGCAGAACCCCCUCUUCCAAAUAAAGUCUACUGACCUUAA